AUGCCAACCAACCCCGACGGCACCGUUCCAGCCAAAGGCGGCCGCCUCCUCAUCCUUCCCGGCGACCACAUCGGCCCCGAAGUCGUGCACGAAGCCCUAAAAAUCCUCGACAUCAUCGAGCACUCCACGGGAGCGAAAUUCACGCGCGACUUCGACCUCUGCGGCGGGUGUUCGCUGGACAAGCACAAGACGUCCGUCACCGAGGAGGUGCUGAAGAAGUGUGAGGAGGUGGAUGCGGUGUUUUUUGGCAGCGCGGGGGGCCCGGAGUGGGGGACUGUGCAGCCGAAUCCUGAGAGUGGGUUGUUGAGGAUUAGGGAGAGGAUGCAGAUCUUCGCGAACCUGCGGCCGUGCAUGUUCGCUUCCAAAGCCUUGAUCUCAUACGCUCCCAUCCGGCCUGAGAUUGUUCAGGGAGUGAACUUCAUGUUCGUGCGCGAGAACUGCGGCGGCGCGUACUACGGCAACAAGAUCGAAGAGGAGGACUACGGCUGCGAUCCAUGGCAGUACAGUCGGCACGAAAUCGAGCGCGUGGCGCGUGUCGCCGGCGCGUUGGCCAUGCAGCAUGAUCCCCCGCUGCCCGUGUGGAGCGUCGACAAGGCGAACGUUCUGGCGAACUCGAGGGUGUGGCGGAGGAUUGUGAAGGAGGUGUUUGAUCGGGAGUUUCCGACGGUGAAGCUGCAGAAUCAGUUGGCGGAUAGUUUGGCUAUGUUGUUGAUUACGAAGCCGACGGCAUUUAAUGGGGUGUUGGUGGGGGAUAAUACUUUUGGCGAUAUCCUGUCGGAUGAGGCGGGCGGUUUGACGGGGUCGUUGGGACUGUUGCCUUCUGCAUCUCUGGCUGGACCUCCAGGUCCUGCAGAAGCUGGGGGAACACUUGGACGAAACAGCGUCGGCGGGGUGACUGGUCUCUACGAGCCAGUGCAUGGGUCUGCGCCGGACAUCAGCGGAAAAGGCCUGGCAAAUCCCGUCGGUCAGGUGUUGAGUUUGGCAAUGAUGUUGAGAUAUAGCUUCAACAUGCACCGGGAAGCAGAUAUCGUUGAAAAGGCCAUCGAGAAAGUGCUGGAUUCGAAGGCUGAUGGAGGUCUCGAAAUCCGAACUGGCGAUCUGGGCGGUAAAGCCGGGACGAAGGAGAUGAGCGAGGCCAUUCAGAAUACCGUGCGGGAGAUGCUGAAGAGUUAG